GUGAAAAGGAAGAAGAAGACAAGGGUCAAUCAGAAAGCCAAAGAACCCCACAUCACAAACUCUCAGUCCUAGCCUUUGUUUAGGUCCAAGUCCCUCCAAACCCUUAAAAAAGCCUUUUCUCUCUCCUCCCUCUCUCUCUCUAGCAGCAAUCCAAGGAAGAGCAGAGAGGAGCCCAGAGAGGAGGUGUGUGGGGAUGAUGGUGUUGAAUUAGCAUCAGCCUUUGAACCCACAAAAGAAAAAAUUCCUAAAGCCCCACUAACCCCACCCCACACACCCCCUACACAUGGAACUAACAGAUUUGCAACAACAAAAACACCAACACCAACACUCCAAUAAACAAACCACCACCACCACCACCACCACUUCUUCCUCUCUCCACCCCCCGCCCCACCUCUCCUCCUCGUCCCACCGCCCGGGCCCCUUCGAUCCCCGAUCCCACAAUUCCCCGUUCCUCCUCCCGAUUUCCAUCCAAACUGGCCUCUCCGCCACUUCCCCCGCCGCCGCGCCCGGCGGAGCGAAUAGAGCGUCGUCUUCCCUUUCGCCCUCCGCGUCGUCUACCGCGGCCUCGACCUCCUCCUCCGCCCAGCCGCCUCAGCUCGUCGACGCGUCGCUGGCCAUCGCCACCAGAUCGGAUAAGAACAACCAGCAGCUGGCGGUCGCGGCGGUUAAUCCGCCCAAGAGGUCGACCAAAGACCGCCACACGAAGGUGGACGGGAGGGGGCGGAGGAUAAGAAUGCCGGCCACGUGUGCGGCUAGGGUUUUUCAGCUGACGAGAGAAUUGCAGCACAAGUCGGACGGGGAGACCAUAGAGUGGCUGUUGCAGCAGGCGGAGCCGGCGAUUAUCGCCGCCACCGGGACCGGCACGAUUCCGGCGAACUUCUCGACGCUCAACGUCUCGCUGCGGAGCAGCGGAUCUACGCUCUCCGCUCCGCCGUCGAAGUCCGCUCCUCACUCUUUCCAUGGAGCUCUAGCGCUGGCUCACCACCCUUAUGAAGAAGGGUUUUCUCAUAUGCUAGGGUUUCAACAGCAACACCAUCACCACCAGCAGCCUCAUCUUAUGACGGCUGAUCAAAUUGCUGAGGCCAUGCCUGGCGGUGGCGGCGGAGGAGGGGAAGGAGGCGGAGGUGGAGGAAAUUCUACUGAGAAUUAUCUGAGAAAGAGAUACAGAGAAGAUUUGUUCAAAGAAGAAUCAGGAGGAGGAGGAGAAGGGUCGGCGGGGCCCGCUUCGCCUUCGAAUAAGCAACAAUUCAAGCAACAAGAAGCCGGAGGGCCGUCGUCGGGUAUUUUGAGAAACGCCAACAUGAUGCCGGCCACGGCCAUGUGGGCGGUGGCCCCGGCACCCAGCAGCGGGACCGGCAACACCUUCUGGAUGCUGCCGGUCGCCGCUUCAGGAGGUGCCGGCGGCAACGGCCAGUCUCUGACUGUUUCCGCCGGCACAUCCGGGGACCAGCCCCAGAUGUGGCCUUUCGCAGCCGCGCCAGCUGCAGCGGGUGGGAACACGCCGCUGCAUUUCAUGCCGAGGUUUAACUUUCCUCCGGGGAACUUCGAGUUUCAAGGGGGGAGAGCGAACCCGCUGCAGCUAGGGUCAAUGCUGAUGCAACAACACCAGCAGCAGCAGCAGCAGCAACCUUCUCAGCAUCUUGGGUUGGGAAUAUCUGAGACUAAUCUGGGGAUGCUGGCUGCUCUCAAUGCUUACUCCAGAGGUGGGUUGAACAUGAAUUCCGAGCAGCAAAAUCAUCCGUUGGAUCAGCACCAUCACCAUCAACAUCAGCAACAAAAUCAGCCUCAAGCUACUACUGAUAGUGGAGAAGAUGACCCAAACGAUUCUCAAUGACAUUUGGCAUGGAAGUUGAUUUAGAAGUUGAAUUUUAUGAAGAUUUGAGUGGUUUGAGUUUGAUUUCAAGCUAGCUAGGUACCUUGUUCUCAUUUGGGUUCUGUUUGUUAUAUCCAAUUUGUUUUGUUUUGGAUUUUUUUUCUUUUCUACAUUGUUGUGGAGGAUUUGAGAUGUACUAAUAUGUUAGGUAUUGUCCAAAGGGACUUUAGAAGUGAAUAGAGAGAGAGAGAGAGAGAUUGUAUAGGAGGAUAUAUAUUUGUUUGUGUUUAGUACGGAGUACUAUAAAUCUAUAAUUUGCUUUGUUUGUAUGAGAAAACAUGUAAAAGGAGAAUGCGAUUUUUCGCUUUUCAGAAAAA